AUGAAAGAAAAAGCAUCGAUUUCAUCGGAUUUGGGAGAAUUCUCAACGAAAGGACAACUUUUGUUGGGCGUCAACGAUGUGCCAAAGCCAUUUCAUGCUCUAUUUUUAGCGUUUCAGCAAUCGAUGGUCGCUCUCUCUGGCUACUUGAUAUUCCCAUAUCUGGUUGCGGAUACUGUUUGUGCUGGUUCAGCCGCUGCUGGACUCAGGGUAAACUUGAUCGCAGCCACGUUUGUCUCCGGUGGAAUUGCGACUUUUAUCCAGAGCACAUUUGGAUUACGAUUAGCCAUUCUCCACGGGACUUCACUAGCGUUUUUAGCACCGAUACAGGCUUACAAAAGUUUAAAUGUAAAUUGCACGGCUGGUGAGGAUGAUUUUGUGCCGGAAGCAGAGUGGCAAGCAAGACUAGCUACAUUAUCAGGAAGUCUCCUCAUCGCUUGCCUUGUCUUCGUGCUCAUCGGCGCCACAGGGGCUGUUGGAUUCUUUGCGAGACAUGUUGGACCGAUCACGAUUGUCCCCUUGCUAACCCUGUUGGCUCUAUCGACUGUGCCGACAAUCGAAGAAAGACUCUCAUCGCAUUACAUGGCUAUUGUUGAACUCAUCUUUCUGAUCAUCUGUGCCGUCUUUCUUGAGCAUUUUCAGGUCCCAAUCCCGUACUAUUCGUUGGAAAAGCGCCGCCUGCAAUUCACAAAAACACCAUUGUUUGGCCAGUUUCCGUAUCUCUUAUCUCUGGGACUCGCCUGGUUUCUGUGUUAUUUGUUAUCGAGUUUUUCACUAAUAUCCGAUGAUUCACCGGCGUCCACAAAUAGAAAUGCUACGAAAGGACUCAUUCAGAGUGCGCCUUGGGUCAAAGUCCCAUAUCCUGGCGAAUACGGUGGCUAUAAAGUGAACGCAGCACUUUGCAUGGGUUUUGUGGCCUCCGUUCUUUCGUCAGUCAUUGAGAAUGUCGGUUCUUAUAAAAUGGGUGCACGCGUCUCUCAUCAAGGAAAUCCCCCAGUGGAUAAUGUGAAUCGAGCAGUGAUUGUCGAGGGUUUAGGCAGUAUGAUCGCUGCUUCACUUGGUGUCUCCACUGGAGUCACCACGUAUGCGGAGAAUAUUGCUUUGCUGCAUAUUACAAAGGUAGCUUCCCGAACAACCGUUCAGCUUGCCGGAAUCCUCUCGAUAGCACUUGGAUUGUUCACAAAAUUAGCCGCUCUCCUCGCUUGUGUCCCCGAUCCACUCAUCGGAGCGAUUUUGUGCCUUGGAAUGAGCAUGAUCGCUGGAGUGGCUUUAUCGAAUUUAAGGGUAGUAAAUCUGCAACAAACUCGAAAUCUGGCAAUCAUGGGCUUAGCUGUUCUCAUCGGAAUGGCUGUACCAAUGCAUUUCGAGAAGAAACCAAUCAAAACCGGCAGUGAAACGUGGGAUGAGGUGCUGAAUAUGCUGUUGAGGAUACAAAUGCUCAUCGGGGGACUCUUUGCCUUCACUUUGGACAAUUUGGUGCCAGGCGCUUCUCGAAGUGAUCGUGGCUUGUCGACCGAAUCGAAUGAAGAAGAGUUUCCAAUUGAUGGAUUUGAUCUACCCGAUUAUGUUGAUAGAUUUUUGAAUAUGCUCCCUUUCCUUCGGUGUCUCCCAUUUCUACCAUCGAAAAGUCAUCGGAUACGAAGGGAGAAAGAAUCUCGAUUGAAUUCGUUCAAGUUA